CGUAAAUGUUGCUAUGGUUACAUAGACGCUCGAGUUUUCAGUUCAGCUUCAGUAUGUCAUCCAAAAAGGGACGGAAGCUGUCCAAAGCUCAGAGGGCGAAGCAGCAGGAAGAAGAGGAGGCGAGGAGGCUGCAAGAGGAAGAAGAAGCCCGACUACAGGCAGAGAAAGAGGAGAAGGAAAGGCUUGAAAGAGAGAGGAAGGAGAAGGAGUUAGAAAGGCUAGAAUUAAAGGACAGAGAGCGCAGAGAGGAUGAGCUGAAUGAACUACGCCAUCUACUGGAGGAGAAUCAUACCACAGUGACCAAAUGGAAAACUGAUGCUGUGGAGAAAGCCAAGUGGGAGAGGUACAUGCGCUGUGAUGGUACCCCUGACCCAGCAGUACAGCAGGAAAUGAACACAUAUAUCAGCUUAUGGAGAGAUGACCCAGAGGUCAAUAUCACACCUGUGCUCAAGCAAUGUCAUCUCGCUCUACAGCUAGUUGAGGAGCUGGAGGCUCUGCUCAGAGAUGUUGCAGAUCCACUAGAAGGCCAGAAGUACCAGGGGGCCCUCAUCAAUUUGCAGGAGCUAAUCCACUCUAAACACAGCCUCACCACUGAGGAGAUUCUCAAGAGGGCCAGUGCAAACAUCGACACUGAAACAGGCAACAUGCAGACCGUAGUGAAAGACAAUAACAUUACACUGUGUCUGUGGGCCAACCUUAAGAAGAAUCCAAGGUUUAAAGGUUUAAACUUUGAAGAGGUGGGCCUUGGCUUUGAGCUUCCCAAGCAGCUGGCUGUGAGUGACAUUGCUGUACGGAUCCUCCACACACACUAUGACCACCUGUCCUUGCUUGCCAGGAUGGCUCACCUGAGAAUACACACACCUAGCCACAGAUCUCUUGCAGGGGGUAAUGAGGUUCCAGUAGACAUAGAUCUACCUGAGCAGGGGGAGACAAAAGAAGAGGUGGUGAAGGAUGACAACGAGACACAACAGCAACAAGCGGACGAGGAGGUGCAGUCCAUUCAAGGAUUAGAAGGCAGGAAGAGUGCAGCCAGUCUACAGUCGAGGAAAAACAGUCCCCAGCCUGCAGAAGGGCAAGGGAGCCAGAUACAGACACAGAUGGAGGCGGUUGGUGCAGAGGGGGACUUGACGUCUACCUCACUGCAGCUCACAAUGAUGGACGGCAGUGAGCAUGUCCAGGCGGUGGACUUGAUGCAGUACUCGCCUCUGGGUGGGGUCUUCUACUAUGACGUGUUCCACCUCCCACCACAAGCCCACCAGGUCAAUGACUGGGAAAUCAGACAGGUGCUGAACACAGGGCUACAAGUGUUUCCCUACCCCACAGAGAAGUCCAGCUCGGAUGUCGAUGAGACCCUCAUCUGCCCUCCUGUUGGGGUGUCUGUGAUGCUGCCCGACUCUGUUGUCUUCUUGGAAACUCCCCAAGUAGCUCGUUGGGAUUCUGCAGGUAAGCAGUGGAGGAUGGACGGUAUCACUGAUGUGUCUUAUGAGGAGGAAAACGCCAAGAUCUCCUUUAAGAUGGGCUCCUUCCAAGCUUUUGUGCUGAUGCAGGAAACCUACGCCAACCUUCCCUUUCAGAGCUGGGAGCUCAGGCCACUGGGCCAAGACUCUGCUGUUUUCACAGUAAACGGAGCACUCAUCGAUCUCAGUAUCACAAUCCAGGGUGACCAGUGUAUGUUGCAGUCAGAGCGGGAGAAAGGCCUCUCUCACCUGCUAGGAAAGUGGAUGAGCAGCCCCGUUCUGCAGAGAGCCAUGCUCAACGCAGGGAUCAACAUCUUCGUGAGCGAGCACACUGACAAAUAUGUCAGCACCUGUGCCAAGGACCCACUUACAGAACAUGCUGCCUACGAGCAGAUGGCCCUCUUUGCCUCUGCGUGCGCUUUCUCAUGGAGCAAGUGGAACGCCAAAUGUGGAGCUGAGCAUCUGGUCAUGCAGGUGUGCGAGCACCAUGGGCCCGGCCCGGUGCCCAGGGACUCGUGGAGUCUCUACCUACUGGGAGCUCAGAGGAGUCAGAAGCUGGAAAUUACAGAGAAGAGUGAAGCUUUCUCUCCAGACCAUUAUCCUGGCAGUGAGUUUCACUCAACCUUCAUUCACAUGCUGCAGGACAACAUGAGCACUGAUGGCAUAGUGAGGACCAGAGAGUCUAAUUAUCUGUUCAUUGAUACAGUACAGAGUCUGCUCUGUGCCACCAGGCCCCUCGUGUAUUCUUAAACCUCUAACCUGGUCGCAUUUUUUAAAGUUAAUUAAAUACAUUUUAAACACCUGAAUUUAAAAAGUAUUUUGGAUGCACAUAAGAAUACACAUCUGCUAUUGUAGAAUUGGCUACUUUAUUUGUGCAAACUUUCACGCAUCUUCUUUGGAACAUACAAAAGUGUAUGAAGUUGAAAACGGUGACCACCACAGCAAGAAUGUAAGGGAAAAUAAUAAUUAAAAAAACCUUUGGUGUUAAAACUGUAACAAUGUAGAAUUAUAACUUAACAAAAAUAAACAUAUUCACAUCUCCCCACUCAAAACUAACAAACUCAUAAAUAUAGAUUUCAAAAACACUUAAAAAAACACUUGAAAUCAAAGUUUUAUUACCAGUGUUUAUAGACUUAAAAGAAAUGAAUUAAAUAUUCCAUUUAAAAGGCUGGCAGUCCCCUGUGUCCUCAAGUGCAUGAAAUGUGUUCAAAAAGCCAUGUGGGACAAUCGGAGCCAUCGUCCAUGAUGACUGUCAAUGGAAAACUGCACUGUGGCCCAUUGUAUGAUAUGGAUCAGUGCUAUCAUUCUGAUUAAGCUGUGACAUGAUCGGUCAGCACUGACAACUGAUCAAGUCUGAUUUGACAGAUUGUGUUGGGUCCAGGUAGACAGGUACCAGCAGCACUGAUAGUAAAACUGCAUCAUAACGUGUUAGAGUUUGAGCAGCCCACUGUAAAGGACAUGUAACUGCUUCUCCUCUUAAAACACAUUCACACACACACACAGACUAACUAAUU